GACCGUCCGGCGGAGGAAGGCUUGAGAGGGAGAGGAGGAUGGAAGAGCAGAAGGAGCAGAGGCGCCAGGCUAAGACCAAUUAUGAGAAAGAAGAGAGAAGCCAGGAACUGAAGCGACUGAGAGGGGAAGACACAUGGAUGCUGGCCGAUGUGAAUGAACGAGUAGAACAACUGUCACAGGAACAUUCUUUGAAGAAAAAAAAGAAAAAGGAUAAGCAUUCCAAAAAAGUUAAGAAAGAGAAGAAGAAGAAAAAGAAACAGAAGUCUGAAAAAAAUGAUUCUACGGAUAGCUCAUCGGAUUCGGAGGAGGAGUGGGUGGAAUCGGCGCCUUUGCAGGGAGCCGGCCCUGAAAAGGCGUGGAAAGUGAAGAGGGAACAGUCAGCAAUUACGGAAGAAUCUGGAGUGGUUCAGAGAGACGAGUGGAUGACCUUAGAUUUUAUGUCUAUGAAAACUGUGUCAGCAGCCUCACUCAAAGCCGAAAAACAAGCAGAAAAGAAAAUGGAGCAAGAGAAAGCUCAAGCAGUUGAACAGUCUAGGCUUUUGGAGAGGGAACUUAAUCCCUAUUGGAAGGAUGGUGGAACUGGCCUGCCACCAGAGGAACAUGUAUCAUCGAUGGCUAAAGUGACAGUCGUAGAAGAUGGUGGAUUAAGCUGGCUUCGAAAAUCUUAUCAAAGAAUGAAGGAACAAGCUGAGAAACAAAAUCGAAGUUUUGAGGAUGUUGUUACUGAAAGAUAUGGGUCAAUGGCGACAUUUCAAUCGAAAUUAGAGGAAGCUGAAAAAGCAGCAUCAAAAACUCAUGAGUUCAGAAGAGACCGUUGGAGAAAACCAAGAGAGGGAGACCCGAGUGGAUGGGAAAAGCAGGAACGAAGCCCAGAAAAUCACGGAAGAGGCGAUACAAAAAGGAAUAAUACAUCUAGGGAUUACUCAGGGGAUCGUGAUAAUAGAAUAUAUGUGGCCAAAGAUCGAACAGGUGGCAGAGACAGGUCUAGAGGAGAUGAAAGAGAUUAUAAAUCAGAACCUACAGACUCAUACAGAAAAGAAUCUUAUCACCUAAACCAAAGGGACGCUAAUUCAAGAAGAGAUGAGGUGACUUCUCUCAGAAACUUAAAACUGAAAUUCCUAAAACCUUCCAAUGAUGAGGAAUCGGCACUGCACAGCGGGAGCAGAGGACCCAAACCACACGAUGCUCGGACUCUGUCAGCUCAGAGCGCUUUGCGCAGUGGUUUUCGAAAACCCAGUGCAAACAGUGAAGAGACGUCUCCGGCACGGAGCUUAACGGAAGGGAGAAAAGAACGGCAAAGUCCAGAUCAAAAAAUAUUUAGCAGCAAUCGAGACGUCGACAGUCGAGGGGAAAUUCCAAAGGAGGCAAGACAAAAGUCAGAAGGGGAAAAUCUGCGAGGCAUUCCCGAGAAGAGAGAAUCCUCUCUGGACACGAAGCCUUCGUUACCUGGAAGCACUUCAGAGGAUGAACCUAUGCACGUACUCACUGAAGAUGAGAUGAACCGACUUGGAGCUAAAAUUGUCAAAGCAGAACUAAUGGGAAACAUGGACUUAGCUUUACAACUUAAAGACCAACUUGAAAAGGCCCGGAGAUUGAGAGAGAGUGGAAAACAGGUUCCGUCAAGAAAACCUGAUGCGGAGGAUGAAGCUCAUGAGGAAGCCAGUGAAGUGGUCCUUGUGAGAACAGAUCAGUCUGGAAGGGCAUGGCCUGUGAGUUCACCGGGGGAACCACUGGAGCCGAAAGGAGGGAGAAGGAAAAGACAGAUGGCUACCACUCACGCAGAUGAAGAAAGGGUCAGAUACUUCCAUAAUGAUGACCAUCAAAGUCUGAAGGACUUGGUCAAGAAUGAAAAGAUGGGAACUGCUGAAGAUCAAAACAAGCUUUUCAUGCGCAUGGCAUCUAAGCUGAUGGAAAAAACCGACAGGGAAUACUAUACCCUGGAUGACAUGUUUGUUUCAAAAGCAGCGAAGAAGGAACGUCCUGGAGAAGAAGAGGAGAGACAGAGAAAAAAAGCCAUCUUUGAGCACCAGCAACUUGCUGCACAAAUGGAGAAGUGCCCGUAUUGCUUCGAUAGUCCAGAACUACCGAAGCACCUUAUUGUUGCCAUAGGGACUAAGGUGUACUUGUGUUUGCCUAACCAUCGGUCUCUAACUGAAGGGCACUGCCUAAUCGCCCCUUUACAACACCACACAGCGGCUACGUUAUUGGACGAGGAUAUCUGGGAAGAGAUCCAGAUGUUCAGAAAAGCCUUGGUAAAGAUGUUUGAACAUAGAGGAUUAGACUGCGUCUUUCUCGAAACCCACACAAGCAUGAAGAAACGGUAUCAUAUGGUUUACGAAUGUAUUCCUCUCCCGAAGCAAGUGGGUGACAUGGCCCCAAUCUAUUUUAAGAAAGCCAUCUUGGAAUCUGAUGAAGAAUGGUCCAUGAAUAAGAAAUUGAUUGAUCUCGCAUCCAGGGAUAUUCGGAAGUCUGUUCCCAAAGGUUUGCCCUACUUCUCUGUGGAUUUCGGCCUUCAGGGAGGCUUUGCCCAUGUUAUCGAAGACCAGCACAAGUUCCCCCAUUAUUUUGGAAAGGAAAUAAUCGGCGGAAUGCUGGACCUGGAACCGAGACUUUGGAGGAAAGGAAUCCGAGAGAAUUUUGAUGACCAGAGGAAGAAAUCCCUCCAGUUUGCUCAGUGGUGGAAACCAUUUGACUUCACCAAAAAUAAAGAAUGA